UGCUGGAAUAUUCCCAUCAGUCUACAAGUGAAGACGAGCAUCAGAGAAUCAGGAAGAAGAGAAAUCUGCAGAAACAGAGAGAACAUGAGAGAUCCAGAACCCUGCAGAAUGAAACACACUGAAGAACAAACAGGAUUGAUUGAAGCCAAAAAAGAGAACGAAGAGGAGGACAUACAUGUCAAAAUCGAAGAAAAUAAUUUCAGUCCCUUUCAAACUGAGCAGAAAGGUUCGCCGAAAAGAAGAGCCAAGAAAUCUUUCAUCUGCACUGAGUGUGGAAAGACUUUGACGUAUAAAUACAGUCUCGAUGUUCACAUGAGGAUCCACACCGGAGAGAAACCCUACACGUGCUAUUACUGCGAAAAGAGCUUCACGCAGUCGGCAAACCUCAAGGACCACAUGAAGAUCCACACCGGGGAGAAACCGCACGAAUGCGAUCAGUGCGGAAGAACCUUUCUGUGGAUCUCAAACAUGAAGAAGCACAUGGCGGUUCACUCCGCGGAGAAACCGCAUGCGUGCCCUUCGUGCGGCAAGAGCUUUUCGUGUCUGCGAAGUUUAAAAGUGCAUCAGAGGAUACACAGCGGUGUGAGGGAUUACAUGUGCUGCGAGUGCGAGAAGACCUUUCUGACCGCCGAUAAACUGAAGCGGCACCAGAGGAUCCACACCGGAGAGAAACCUUACAAGUGUUCACACUGCGGCAAGAGAUUCAGCCAGCUAGAAACCCUGAAGUCCCACGACAGGAUCCACACCGGAGAGAAACCCUAUCACUGCGCUGCUUUCGGGAAGAGCUUCAAUCGAUCGUCUUCUUUACACAGGCACACGAGAAACAAGCACAACAAGAUCUUCAGAGCCAGCUCUUGAAGCUCUGACCGGACAUGCAUCUAGACCUAAAAUAUCUUCUGUGUGAAUCUGUCCAGACAAAGAAGCGCCAUCGUCUACGGUUCAAGAACGGGCAUUUAAACCGUAACAGUUCUUACACGAAUAAAAGAUAUUUUUAUUUUAAUGGUGCAUUAGUAAAUGCUGAAAUGAACACGAACAAAGAUUUAUGAACGCUGUAGAAGUUCGUGUUAACUAAUGAACCUCAUUGUAAACAUUCUCUGCUUUUUCUGGUUCUUGUGUUUUUCGGGACGCUUCUUUUCUUGAUGUUCUUCAUAGAAUAGUUAUCUCAAUGCCGCAUUUGUCUGUUUUUAAUGCAUAGUGUGUUGCUGGUUGUACGUGAAAUUAAGAGAAUGAUUAAAAGAGUAAAAUGCUG